UUACUUUUAUUCAACGUUACCACUUAUUUCAUUAUUCCACUCUUUUUAAUUUAUUUUCCCUCUCAUUUCUCUCUCUCUCAAUCUCCGAGAUUGUUCUUUCUCUUGUUUGAUGAAAAUUGCGUGAACCUGAAGUCUGGUAUAUUAGUGGGGUUUUGGGUUUGAAGAAACUAGAGUUAUUAUAACUUGUGAAACCUAGUUCUUGUUUGUUUUUAUCAUUAAAAUCUCUCUAUCUCUAAAUGGGAAAGAAAGACCAAAAAGUGAAUAUUAACACUAGAGUGGAAACUGUUCUCCAACUUCUCAAGAAACAAGCACCUCUAACAGUAAAACAGGAGAAGUUUUGUAAUGAGGCAUGUGUUGAGAGGUUUUUGAAAUCCAAAGGAGAAAAUGUUAAGAAGGCUGUCAAGCAACUAAGAACUUGUCUUUCAUGGAGAGAUAGUAUAGGCACUGAGAACUUGAUAGCAGAUGAGUUUUCAGCUGAGCUUGCCGAAGGAGUUGCUUAUGUUGCUGGUCAUGAUGAAGAAUCUAGGCCUGUUUUGAUUUUCCGGAUCAAGCAAGACUACCAGAAGUUUCACUCCCAGAAACUGUUUAUUCGUUUACUGGUUUUCACACUGGAAGUGGCCAUUGGGACCAUGCCAAAGAACGUGGAACAAUUUGUUCUCCUUUUCGAUGCAAGCUUUUUCAGGUCAGCAUCGGCUUUUAUGAACUUGUUACUAGCAGCACUGAAAAUUGUGGCCGAGUACUACCCAGGACGCCUUUAUAAGUCUUUUGUCAUAGACCCUCCUUCUCUCUUCUCCUACCUUUGGAAGGGUGUGAGACCGUUUGUGGAGUUAUCAACGGUGACGACGGUGGUAUCCUCGUUGGACUUCGAGGAAUCGUUGGAUUUCAACGACUUCACGGCCUACCCGCGAGCCUCGUCCCUCCGAUUCGACACGUCAUCAUCGUCGUCUUCGAUCAAAACGACAUCCAAAGUCGGGGCGUGCGCUUCGUCCCGAUUCGCCUUCACCGUCUCCCACCACUUUGACUCUCUCAAACCCUGGUACCUCAGCCUGACCGACACGUCAAUAUCUAAAGUGGGCCCAACCCACGGCCCAACACCACUAGGCCCAGCUCUCAUCUCACCACUCAACGCUCGCUCCUUCUCUUUCGCUUCACCCGGUGCAAGAACUCCACUCGGCAGCAUCUACGAGUACGGCGGCGGCUCCGCCAGAGCCAACCGGAAGAGUCUCUUCCCUUCCACGCCGCUUCCACGGCGGAGCUCGUGUAUCGGUACCAUAGACCCGACCCGGACCCCGAACGCUAGGACCUCGAGGCCGACGUUUCUACAAUCGCCGGCGUUGUUCUUCAGAAAGGAGUGCCACGUCAGCAAGACGGAAAGGUCUCGGGAGUCGUUCGUUCCUUUUUUGAAGUUUUACAGGAGGCCGUACGAUGAGAUGGUGUACAGGUCAAAGAUGAGGCCCCCACUUGGUGGACUAAUCUCCAUCGUAUCACCACAUCUACGAAGGCGCCACGUGUCCGUAUCUCAACGGUUCUAAUUGUAAUUCUCUUAUACAAUGAAAAAGAAAGAAAGAAAAAAAAAAUUGAGAAUGAGUGAGUGAGAAUAUUGAGGAAAAAAAAAAUUAAAAUAGUACAUAUAUUAUUAUGAAAUUAAAGUUGUUGACAUGACAUUACCGCAAAUAAUUGUUUAAUUAUUUUUGCUCAGUUCAA